AUGGCGAAAAUGAUUACACAAAGAAUGAAGCCCUUAAUGGAUAGUAUUAUAUCUGGCACACAGAGUGCAUUUAUACCGGAUAGACUCAUUACUGACAAUAUUCUGAUAGCAGCAGAGGUGGGACACUUUCUGAACAGGAAACAGUGUGGAACGGUUGGUUGGGGAGCUUUAAAGUUAGAUAUGGCAAAGGCUUAUGACCAGAUGGAAUGGCCUUUCCUAAAAGGGAUGUUAAAAGCUUUGGGUUUUGAUGAGAGAUGGGUGGAACUAAUUAUGUUAUGCGUGACUACAGUGUCGUAUAGAUUCUUGAUAAAUGGCUCUCCUAGUAACCUGGUCACGCCUACACGUGGGCUCAGGCAGGGGGAUCCGUUAUCACCAUAUCUUUUUAUUAUAUGUGCAGAAUGGCUUUCCCUAUUACUCCAACAAGCACAGAAUAAUGGUUUAAUUCAUGGCUGCAGAGUGGCACGGGGAGCACCCCCGAUUUCUCAUUUAUUUUUCGCAGAUGAUAGUCUCUUGUUUUUUAAAGCUAAUCAGUAUGAGGCAGUCGAGAUUAAAAAUUGUUUGGCCAAGUAUGAAGCUCUCUCAGGACAGAUGGUAAACUACCAUAAGUCUAGUAUUUUCUAUAGUAAGAAUACUGGUACUAGGGACAGGGAGAUGGCGGCACAGAUCCUGGGUGUUGUCCAAGCUCCGAAUUUGGGAAAAUAUCUGGGUCUACCGGCUUUUAUAGGAAGAAAUAAAAAGGCAGCUUUUGCAUAUAUUGAGGAUAAGAUCAGGCAAAGAAUUGGCUCGUGGAAUAAGAGACUUUUAACGCAGGCAGCUAUUGAGCGAGUAAUGAACCGAUAUUGGUGGGGAACAGGAACUGACCGGGGUAUUCAUUGGAAGGCAUGGGAUAGAUUGUGUAUACCCAAGAAAUAUGGUGGCUUAGGUUUCAAGGAUCUGAAGGCAUUUAAUUUGGCUAUGUUGGGGAAGCAGGCUUGGCGGUUCCUAACAAAUACUGACUCAUUGGUAUCCCGUGUGUAUAAAGCUAGGUAUUACCCUAAACUAACUUUUUCAGAGGCAAGUAUGGGGAAUAAUCCUAGCUACUGUUGGAGGAGUAUUAUGGCUGCAAAAGAAUUAAUUACCGGUGGGGUGCGACGACGGAUUGGGAAUGGUGAAUCGACUUUAAUAUGGAAAGAUCCAUGGCUCCAGGAUGAGUUGGAUCCUAUGGUCCAGACUGAGAUGCCAUUACAGUUAGCAGAUGCUAAGGUUGCAGGAUUGAUUGAUCAAACAACUGGAACGUGGGAUCCUCACAUUUUAGCUGAUAUUUUUCAACCAAGUGAUGUGCCUAGAAUUUUAAAGAUCCCCAUCUCCCCGGAAUAUGAGGACACUUGGUACUGGUAUGGAGAUCCAAAUGGAUGCUACUCCGUCAAGAAUGGAUACAGACGUAUAGUGGGCACCUAUAAUACUAGCAUGGGUUUUGAUAGAUGGAAUACCCUAUGGCACCUCAAAAUACCACCAAAAUGGAAAAUGUUCCUAUGGAGAGCAAUGAGCAAUAUAUUACCCACUACUACUAAUUUGCUUAUAAAGAGGGUGGAAAUUGAUCCGGCAUGCGCCAUGUGUGGACUAAUACAUGAAGAUAUAAUGCACUCAUUAGUGUUGUGUGACUAUGCAAAAGCCAUAUGGAGCCAAUCUAACCUUCCAAUCCCCCAAAUUGUGACAAAUGUUUUUUAUGAUUGGUUUGGAACAUUAUUAGAUGUUCUAGAUUCUGAUGCAAUAUUGUUUGCAACUGCAAUUCUAUACAAUAUUUGGAGGGCCCGGAACGAAGCGGUGUGGAAUGCUUAUCUAUCAAUGCCGAAGAGGGUUGUAGCCACGGCUUUAGCAGCUGUAAAAACGUGGCAACAACUGCAUAUUACUGCCCAUAUGAAGCCCGUGACUGCCGAACUAAGUGGCCACCAUCCCACUGUGCCGCCCCAAACCAUGUUACUGCCCAGUUCGCCCGGAUUAGCGCAGCAGCAACCCCACCCCACUACGGUGCAACCACCUGCCGCGGAUCUCCCACCCCAGGCAAGGCAAUGUUACAUCGAUGCCGGCUACCAACCGUCGUCCAUGACGACCACUGUUGGAGCGGUACUGUUCACCCACAUUGGCAACUAUAUAUCAGCUUUUUGUGCACCGCCGCAAAAUUGCUUUUCACCACUUAUGGCCGAGGCUCUGGCAUGCAAGGAAGUGUUAUCGUGGCUCAAGGACUUGGGGGAGCAAUCAGUUAACCUCUACACGGAUUGUCAGACACUACUCACUUAUUUGACGUCACCUACUAUUCAGACAAGAUCAUACCUUGGUUACGUCCUGGAUGACUGCAGGACCUAUUUAAAUAUGUUUGAUUAUUGUUCGUUUGAUUAG